AUGUCAGUUGUUCAAAACUACACCCUCAUCCUUUUAUUUUGUUUAAUUGUCAUGCUAGUUUCUGCUCAAAGCUCUUUUCUUCCAUCUUGUGAACCAGUUAAUGAGACUGUGGCUGUGGAAAAGGAGGGCUGUCCAAAAUGCCUGGUGUUUCAGACCACCAUCUGUAGUGGCCACUGUCUAACAAAGGAGCCUGUAUACAAAAGCCCAUUUUCCACUGUCUAUCAGCAUGUCUGCACCUACCGGGAUGUACGUUAUGAAACCAUCCGCUUGCCAGGUUGUCCUCCAGGAGUGGACCCCCAUAUCACCUACCCGGUGGCUCUUAGCUGCGAUUGCAGCCUCUGCACCAUGGACACAUCUGAUUGCACAAUUGAGAGCCUACAGCCUGAUUUUUGCAUGUCUCAGAGAGAAGAUGUUCUUGUAUAUUAGUCCCUAUGGACUACAGGAAUAUACUGUAUUUAGUCCUUAGUAUAUCUUACAAAAGAAUGCACAAACUAUAUUAUGAAUCAGGUUACAGUAGACAAAGUACACUUUCGCUAAAUUCUUAAAAAAACCUGUAAUGACUAUUUUAAGAUCCUUAAGAAGAGUCAGAAAUAUUCUUCUGUGUGUUUUAAAUAAGAUUUACAUUGCUGUUGAGCUGAGACUAAAUGGUUAUAAAUCAUCACCUGUCACCAAAAAGAAAACCUGUUUUUUAUUGAUGUACAGGUUACGAAAUCCUGCACAUUGACAGAAACCUAGUAAAG